GCCCUGGCUGGCUAACGUUUUGCUAUCAACAUCAACAUGAGUCUCCUGUCUGUGUCUGUAUGAUGGUUUUACAACCAUAGUGCUUACAGCACAUAUCGAUGAUAUACAAUAUCAGUUGGAGAACAAAUCACGAUCCCAAGUGCGCUGUUUUAAUGGGUGAUAACUCAACAAUCGGUCACUUUUUGUCUCAGUUGAGGAACAACUGCGAAGGAGCCGAAUUGAUCCCCAAAAGCGUUGAAAGACACUGGCGAGACUAACGUAAUCAUGUCUUACAGGAGAAAUCCCAUCAGAGAAGUUUAUGAACAGCGCGUGGUUGGUCAACAGCCUUCAUAUCAGAGGACUGUCAGCAUAGAGAGAAGAGGUGGCUACUCUAGAGCAGAGGAGAACUAUGACCGCACGGAUCCGCAUGAGGCCAAUCGCUACGCUGCUCCACGAGGUUACCCUAGCGAUGACCAGAGAGGCUACUAUAACGAAGGCACGUACUAUGCUAGUGGGCGGCGGAGUGGCACAGCUCCGUACAAGAGGGAGGACCCUGCUUAUUCUUCUUCCUAUUACCGUGGAGGAAGUUCUCUUCUGGAGGCACCAAUAGUUCGUCAGGUGGAGAUCAGUAGCAGUAGCCACGCAGCUCCCUUAACUGUCGUCAGGAGCACACAACCACCGGCGCCCCGAACUGUGACCAGCGCCAGGCCUGGUGCUGAAGAUGAGCCCAAGAGACAAAUCAUCCUGACGGACCGACUGGACGAUCUCGACGCGUCCAGACGGAAAGGGCCGGUUGCCUCUGUGCGAGAUCGCUCCCCGAUCGCGAGAGACGGCUCGCCCUCCUCCCUUAGUCGAUCAGGCUCCAGCGCCAGCGGCAGAAGCUACUCUCCUGACGUGGCCAAGAGCUAUGCCUACUCCGGCCCCGGCCUACCGAAGAAGAGAUACGAAGAACCAUAUGCCUCGAGUCGAGAGUCUGCAGAAAGAGAGAGGCCAUCCAGCUUCGCGUCGAGUGCAGCUCAAGACGGGCCUCCGAGUAGCUCUGUUUCGGCUUCACCUAUGGCCACCCAGGAUGACGCUCCAGCGGUGUCUGGUUUGGAAAAGGAUGUGCCGCUCCGAGAAGAGCUCGUCAAUGCCACAGAUGAGGAGAGACGUGCCCACGCCAUUGCUGCUAAGGCCCUGGAGAUCGAGAAGCUGUACAGGCAGGACUGUGAGACUUUUGGCACGGUGGUCAAGAUCCUGGUGUCGAAGGAGCCAGGCCUGGAGAAGCAGCUCCAGGGGCCCCUGAAGGACAGCCUGGAGGAGCUCCGCCAUCGCUGUCUGGAUGACCUGCGUGUCUUCAUAGAUGACAUGGACGGUGUACCCCAGAAGCAAGACACUGCUGCUACCUAACCUAACCUACCUAAGUUUCUCUAGCAAUGGCCGUGGUUGGUAUUCCAAGGACAUGGUUAAGUUAUAAACCAGGCUAGGUGAACCAACACUAUGAAGAAAGGUGUCUUUCAUGCUUUUAUUUUCCAGUUUCAUCUAACUUCAGGUUAACUUAACCUGGUUUGAUAUUCAAGCCAUCUUCUUGGAAUACCUUCCUGGACUCAAUGACUCAGAAACAGGACUCUGCUUCUUGACAUCCGUGUCUGCAUGACACUGCUGCUGCCGAAACAAACUGGCAUCUCCAGGCAGGGCCAUUGAAAGCCUUGGCCUAGGCCGAGGGACAGAAUGCUUUUUGGGGAUCUACAGGAGUAUUUGUUACACGCCCAACCACCAACCUCUGGGACCACACUAUUUUUUUAUUCCAACUGAUUUUUUUAGGUUUUUGAAAAAUGUUGUAUUUUUAAUCUGAUAUUUCAUUUUCUGAUCAAGCCAGAGUGCAGUAGCUGCAGUAUGAUGAAUGAUUUAAAAAUAUAAAUGUUCAUAUGUUCAAUUUUCUUUUGUAAAAGGAAAAAAAGAAUCUCUUGUGUUCAAAGAAAACAUGAAAAAAAAACUGAACUUAACCUGGUUUGCUAUUUAACCCAUCUUCUUGGAAUACCUUCCUGGACUGGAUAACUCAGAAGCAGGACUGUGCUUCUUGACCUGUGUGUCUUUAUUGAUGACUUGGAUAAGGUAUCACUGGAGCAAGACAUUGCUGCUCCCUAACCAAACUAGUGUUCGCACCAAUCAACACGUCUGCAGACAGUGCACACUUUUUUUUUUGUAUCUCCAGGCAGGGGCAGCCUUGCCAGCCUUGGCGUGGGCCAAAGGACAAAAAUGUUUUUUCGGGGAUCUACAAGUGUACUGUACAUGCUACAUGCCCAACCACCAACCUCUGGGACCACACUACUUCUUGAUUCCAAAUGAUAUUUUUUAGGUUUUUAAUGAUUUUGUAUUUUUAAGCUGAACUUUCCUUUUCUAAUCAAGCCAGAGGGCAGUAGCUACAGUAUGAUGAUUAAAAAAGUGAAUGCUGGUUUUGCUUAUUUUUCCUUAACAAUGAGUGCGGUUAUAUGCAUGGAUGGAGUAUUCUGGUUUGAAACGGAAUAUUCUCAGUAUUCAGUUUAAAACCAGGAGCAAUUCAAAGUCUUAUGUUUUGGUAUCGGACACUUUAUAUCCUUUGUGGAUGCAAUUUAGUGUUCUGGAUUCUUUUCAUAACGUUGUACAAUUUUCUUUUGAAAAAGAAAAAAAAAGAAUCUCUUUUGGAAAAAAGCAAAACAGCUGUAUGGGCAUGGUGUUCUUGCAGAGUGUUAGAAUGGUUUGAUACGAUGCUCUACAUUUGAACUCCACAUUAAAAUGGUUUUUACCUUUUGAUAGAACCUUC